CUGCACAUAAACCGAGUAAAGGUCUAACUGCAGAACCUUAUAACCAUGUUAGUUUCUAAUCCGAGCUACACUUCGUACGGGGGAUUUUAAACUCACACCAUCACAAGGGGGCUCGUUGCUUGUAGUUGCAAAACGAAAGUAUGUUGCAGACCAAGACGAGGCGACUCAAAGCAAGGCAAAGCAUCGUGGCUUAUGGAGCUGAACUGUGAUGGUUAACAAAUCACUAGAAUGUGUGGGAAAGUCUGGACGUUGAUUACUGCAUUUUCUUUCAUCACGUAUAUUCAUGAUGUCCAAUCCGGGUGUAUGAAAAAUGACAUUAAGGCGCAUCUGGACGACCUGUUGUUGGAAGAGCACAUGUUUGAGGUUAAGGAGUUCUCACCUGAAACGAAGGAACGCGAGCUUCUAUCUAUAAUAAACUCCUUAUGUUCAGUAUGGAGUAAUAACAAACUGAAGGACGAGAAACUUUUGAGAGUUCUAGAAACGUUCCGUAUAAUGUUGCAUAAUCUAGACCACAAUUUUGAGACACUUUGUACUAAUCUCACCUGCACAGAGGAGUACACAGUACGCCACAUUAACACGAGUACUUUUGGAGAAAUGUACAAAAAAUCUUGUGGUGGAUCAGUAUCGGACCUAAAAUGUCCAUCAAAAAGUACAACCAUCAACCCAACCACUGAAUACAGCUCCACAUUUUUAACAACGGUCAGUUUAAUCACCACCAAUAAUAAAACUUUAACAACGGUCAGCCCAAACAUCACUGCUACUGAAAAUAUGACCGCAGUUUCGUCGGCCCGUACAGAAACCAUCAUUCAAGCAUUAAAAGAUGACAAUCGGCAUCUGUGGGCUGCCACUAAAGCGAGUUCGGGACUCCUGGUUGUCUCGUUUCUGCUAAAUGUUGUUUUACUCCUCAUGGUGGUUCAUGUAUACGAGAAGAAAAAAAAUGUCUUCCAGAGAGAGGGACCUGGAGGGGAAGAGAAUACAAUGAUCUGAAAACAGCAGGGAAUGACCAUAAUAGCACUUCAUUGGUUGUUUGAAGUUUUUCUCAUAUUACAUUGUCAUUCUCCAGACAUCGGUCACGGCUACCACACUUUGUAUGCAUGAUACAAUGCUGUCUUUGAAUCUGUGACUAGCAACCAUCCUAAUGUAUGCAACUUGUUAUAUUAAUAUACUCAGUCAUGUCCACACAGAUUGUGUAUUUUACAGUUUCUACUUCUGCUUGUCUUGAAUGUGCCUCUGUAACUGUUAUCAUUCAUCUAUAAAGUACCUCUGUUCAUGGUUUCUGACCUAGAAUGAUAUGAAAUUAAAUGGUCUGUCUGUCCAGCAUUUGUUCACACAAAAAUAUCACAACCAGUACAGAAAUUAUUGGGAAAAAAGAUCGGUGUUCUUUAGCAUUCAGAUCUUGAAUGGUUGUGCCAGACAGGUUUUUUUUUUUUUUUUUUUUAAAGGAAUGAUGGGAAAGAAAAGUAUUUGCAGCUGAUCGCACUGCAACAUUGUUUGUAUUGUUUUUUUUUAAUGCAAUAUCUAACUGUUUAUAUUUUGCUGUGUUUGCGAUUUAAGAAAGGACAUGCAGAAUUUAUUUAUUUUUAUAUUCCCUCAAAGAGUUUGUAUUUAAUUUUAUGUUAAUGAUCUUUGUGCUUUUGUGUAAAAUGACAAUUGUUUGCUGCAAAGUGCACCCAAUAAAACAAGGAAAUAUGAUCAUGUGUAUCUUAGACCUCAUUAAAUGGCACUAAAAAGUUCUCAUAAAAAUAAAAACUUAAUUACA